GGGGGCCCGACCUCCCUGUCCAAGUAAUACCACCGUCGAAAUACGGGAUUAUGCAACAUGCCCAGCGUAUCAUCAAAUAAUAUGGGAAAGGGGUCCGAGGUGCAUGUUUUAAAAUCAAGAUCUCUGCCGUCUUUCGGGAAUGUAGACGCCAUUCUUCUGGUUGCCAUCCCAUCCAAUUGGUCCAAGGCUUCUUCCAGGUGAUCAAAACUCACAAUGCAGUUCCUCCACUUGUCAACUGCCGUCUUGGCAUACCUGUCCUCCGCCGUUGUUGCUCACGGCCAUCAUAACCGCAUCCGGGAUGUUGAGGGCAGCACACUGGAGGUGACUCUGGAGGCGGCCUCUCCCAGUGAUGUGACAAACAUCACGGCGACCAUCAAGAACGUGGGUAGCCAGGAGUCUAGGUUGCUAAAGGUCGGCACAGUCCUUGACGAGAGGCCCGUUAAGAAGCUGACUGUUCUCGACUCAACUGGCUCCGAGGUGCCAUUCUUGGGAAUCGAGCUCAACCUCCUGGCCGAGGCCCUCAAGCCCGAGCACUACGAGUCUCUAGCCCCCGGCUCAUCCAUCAGCCGCCAACUGGACGCCACCUUUGCCCACGACUUUGAGCCGGGGACAUACAGCCUCGUUCUGGAGGGUCAGUUCCCCACCGAAUCUGGAUCCCCGAUCGCCUACAAGUCCAACAGCAUCACCAUCAACAUCGCCACCCGCUCGGUCGCCACCAUCCGCAAGAUGGCGGAGAAGCGCGCCACCGUGAUCGAGCCGUGCUCCAACCGGACCGUGAUCGACGACACGAUCGCCAACUGCGCCAAGCUCGCCCGGGCAUCCGCCGCCGACGCCGCCAACGUGCAGUCGGAGCGGUUCGUCGAGUACUUCAAAUCCAACGCGACGUCGGACCGGGAGCAGGUGGUGCAGCGCCUCGAGGCCGUGGCGCGCGAGUGCGAAACGACUCCCGGCGGCAACACCAGCAUCAACUGCCAGGACAUCCCGUCGUGGAACUACUGCGUCAGCAGCGGGCCGCUCGUCGCCUACACCAUCUGGGUGAAUGGGUACGUCGUCCUGUGCCCGCUGUUCUACGAGAGGCCAGCCCUGCCGCAGGCGUGUCACAGUCAGGAUCACGCCACGACGCUGAUCCACGAGAUGACGCACGCGAGGGCCGUCGCGGAGCCGUUUACUGCCACCAGCGAUCGCGCGUAUGGCUACGAUGCCGUUAUGAAUUUGAGCACUGUCAUGUCGUUGGAUAACGCCGAUACGUACUCUCUCUAUUCCAAUGCUGUUUACCUCAAUUGUUAGAGCGGAUAGUAUGUUUGAUUUUGAAGGGGCCGGAUGCGGCUACGAAUUUAAUACUGCAG